GUUCAGGUUUGAACUGGGAGGGGCAUCCAAUGCUGACAUAUAAAGGAUAUCUACUCUCACUCUCAAAGUACUCUCUCAUGCAUUUGGCUAAGUCAUGUUUCUUAUCAACAUUUAUGAUUUUUAAACUACUAAAAUUAAAGGAAGACUUUCAUUAAAGUGUUGGAAUUAAACUUGUGGGAUAUUGAUCUGCUCAGUUUAGUAGCAGAGGGGUUUUAAUCAGUUUCAGCUGCUUUGGUGUUGAUGAAUUUAACAACAGGUGCACUCGAGGGGCAACAAUGGUUUUGGGGGUUGUUGGUAGCUGCUUGUAGCAUGAGGCAUGGUUGGCAUCAACAUCAUACUCCAACUCCUCCAGGAUGGCACAUCAAUACGUGCCAUUGCCAAAAGGUUUGUGGUUCCUCCCAGCACGGUCUCAAUCACACCUGAUCUGACCAAAGAAUCAUGAGGGUGGCUCCUGAAGCCAGGUUUGCAUUUGCCAAAGAAUACCAGGAUUAGCAGGUCCAUCACUGGCGCUCUGUGCUUUUCACAGAUGAGAGCAGGUUCACCCUGAGCACAUGUAAUAGACAUGAAAGGAUGUGGAGAAGCUGUGGAGAACAUAAUGCUGCCUUUAACAUCAUUCAGCAUGACCGAUUAAGUGGUGGGUCAGUGAUGACCUGGGAAAGCAUAUCCAUGGAGGAACACACAGACGUCUUCAGGUUAGGUGCUGCAUUAGAUAUCAGGAUGAAAACCUUAGUUCCAUUCUCAGACCUUUUGCUGGUGCAAUGCAUCCUGGGCUCCUCCUGGUGAAUGACAAUGUCCAACUUCAUGUGGCAACAGUAUGGAGGCAGUUCUUGGAGAAUGAAGGAACUGACACCACUGACUGCCCCCUUGGUGUUAUAGGCAAAAUGGAGUAAUCUGCUCUAUAAUUUACCUUUCAGGGUGUCUUUGAAUUCAGCUCUCUGUAGGACGAUCAUUUUCAUUUCCAUCAAACAAUGUGGGAUCCUUUCAUUCCUAACACAUCAGCAUAGAUAUCCAAAUAUCUGACGUGUUUUUUAAGUGUUCACUUCAUUUUCUUGAGCGGUGUACAUACAAAAAUAAGGAGCUUCCUUAACAGCAUAACAGGUCCCCUUUAAGGAGGGUGGCUUUUUUGGUGUUUUUUGCUCUAAACUACCUGUUUAAGCAGCUUUAAUGUUUUUAAAAUCAUCUUGUUCCACAGUAUGACAUGCUUUGUGCAUGAGCGUAUUACUGAAGCUGUGUGUGAGUCAGUCAAAGGUAAAUCAGCAGCAUCAUUUCAGACACAGAAAUAAAAUUCAGCAGGCACAACGGAUAUUUUCAUUGAGAUGUGGGCACCUUAAUGCACCUGUACUUACUGAUAGUUUGGAGUAUAGAUGCUCCUGUUAGUGUGAUUAGUGGCAGAAAAAGAGCCUCACCAACGUCACUAUUUUCAGUUAACUGCCAAAUUGAUCUUAAAUGGGCCAGACCAGUAAAACCGUUGAACAAUAACCUUUUAAACACCCCAAAUUGUUUAUUUUUAAUUCAAUGAAAUCAUUCUGAAAAGCUCUGUAUUUAAUGGAGAGUUUGGAUCCUUGGGUUCACGCUCUGGCAUCUGGCCCUGUGGUCUGAAGAAGUAUCUAUAGACUGCUGUACAUAGAGAGCAUUAGAGGGGAGCAGUCUGCACAUGGCAGGCUUUUAUUGGGUUACUAUAGUAAUGUAAAUGGAUUAAAACCACCGCUCAGCUCGAGCGACUCCCAGUGAGUGAGCUAAAUGAUUCACGACUGGAUUUGGGCCGUGCUGUAAUUGAAUACAGCAUACGCUGCGUAUCGGACACAAACUGCGACCGGUGUCAUCUGUGACUGGACGUCCGGCUUCGCUCUGGACAUAUUGCUUAGACAGAAGGAUGCAGAGGGGAAAAUUAGGAAAGUGCAGAUGGGUAAGAAACUAAAGCACUCCCGGUCUGCUGCGUUCUCCAUGUGCCUGUUGUGUAUUUUGAUUGCAGGUUGCCAGAUCCUGUGUACUGUAUGCAUUUUGUUGUUUCCUCCCGUCCAGGUCGCCAGCCAUGGGGAACCUCAUUAAGGUCCUUGGCAAGGAUUUAGAGAACUGUCCACAUUUUUUCCUGGACUUUGAAAAUGCCCAGCCCACGGAGGCAGAGACGGCCGUGUGGAACCAGGUCAGCGCCGUGCUGGAGGAGGCUCACGGGAUCCUGGCCGAGCUGCAGUCCUACAACGGAGCGGGCCAGGAGAUACGAGAAGCCAUCCAGAACCCGGGCGACCUUGCUCUUCAGGAGAAGGCCUGGAACGCAGUGUGCCCCCUGGUGGCCAAGCUGAAGCGGUUCUACGAGUUCUCCCUCCGACUGGAGAACGCCUUGCGCAGCCUGCUGGAGGCGCUGACGAGCCCGCCGUAUGCUCCCAUGCAGCACCUGGAGAGAGAGCAGGCCUUGGCCAAGCAGUUUGCUGAGAUCCUCCAUUUCACCCUCAGCUUCGAUGAACUAAAGAUGACAAAUCCAGCCAUUCAGAAUGACUUCAGCUACUACAGGAGGACCAUAAGCAGGAACAGGCUGAACAACCAGCAGCUGGAAGCGGAGAACGAGGUUAACAACGAGAUGGCAAACAGGAUGUCGCUGUUCUACGCCGAAGCAACACCAAUGCUGAAGACUCUGAGUAACGCCACCACCAAGUUUGUCUCAGAGAAUAAGACCUUGCCCAUAGAGGACACCACAGACUGCCUGAGCACCAUGGCCUGCGUGUGUCGCGUCAUGCUGGAGACUCCGGAGUACCGCUGUCGGUUCACCAACACAGACACCAUGCUGUUCUGCAUGAGGGUGAUGGUGGGCGUCAUCAUCUUGUAUGACCACGUUCACCCCGUCGGGGCUUUCGCCAAGACCUCCAAAAUUGAUAUGAAGGGCUGCAUCAAGGUGCUGAAAGAGCAACCGUCUAACAGUGUGGAGGGACUCCUGAACGCACUGAGAUACACGACACGGCAUCUACACGAUGACAGCACCUCCAAACAAAUCAGGGCCCUCCUGCAAUGAAACAAAGAAGAAGAAGAAGCGACCAGGAGAGGAGGAGGAGGAGGGGAAACGAAGGAGCGCACUUGAAGGAGGAGGAAACAAACGCUGAUAAACCUGUUUGUUUACAAUGAACAAAGAGAAAAAUCAUCUCCGGGGUUAAGUGCGACCUGAUGACAAUAAGAAGAGGAAAAUAAUUAUAUAUAUUGUCAGCUGUCCAUCAUUCUGUCUCUCAUUUUGUAAAGUAAGAAAAGAAGAAAAAAAAGCCAGAAAAGAAGAUAUAGAUAUAUAUUAAGAAAAGUGAAACACUGAGCAGCAGGUGAAGAAUAGGUAGGAUUAAAGAGGAAGCUAUAUUGGAAGAUUUAAGGUCAGAACCAACUGAAAGUGUACGAAACAAAAAAAAAGAAAAAAAAAGAGGGUUAAUGUUCCAGAAGUAGUCUGACGAGUAUUUUUGCACACACUUUGAAAACAUCUCCUUCCCCAAUGAAAUCUGAUCCCAAACUGGUUCCCAUUGCUUGAACUGGAGGGGCUCUCCUUCAGCUGCACUGGUCUCCACCCACGGGUGAAUCAUAAAGCAAUGUGAUGGAUACACUCCGGAGAUUUGCUUCUACCCGUUUCACUUUCCUUCUGGUGCAGCUGGAGGAAAGCAGGCAGGCGGAGACGGGACGCUUCUGUUUUUGCCCCGAUUUCUUCCUCCUCAUCCAUCCAUCAAGUAUAUGCUUUUUUUCCCCUUUAAAUUUCUCCUCAUCACCAACAAAAAUGUAAAAAAAAUAAAAUAAAUAAAGAUCCGCCCGUGUCGUGUGCCCCGAUGCCGUUUAUGUUCCUGCACACAAAAACCAUCUUGCCAGUUGUCUGGCUUUACUUGAACUACGUCCUUCACUCUCUCCAUGGUGCUAAUGUGGUUUCUCGCAGCUUCUUAUCUGAUAUCGUUCGGCUGUGAUGUGGGACAUACAGUGAUUUUGUCAUCCUCUUCUUUUGUGCACAAGUUAGCCACGAUGGUGAGUGAGCCUUCAGCAUCUCUGUGCGUUAAAAAAGGGGGUCAAAUCUGAGAGGGCAUUUUUGGGGAAACCGCAGCACACUUUUACUUCUUCACCCAGUGCCAAAGCUUAUUCUGUUUUUACAUCGCACGUGAGUCAGGCUCCAGGGUUUGAUGGCAUUAUUAUAUCACUCAUCUUUCUUUUCUUUUUGUAAAAGAGGAUUAAAAAGCCGAGACACACGUGAAAAACAAGUGGGAAGGUGGUCCGAUUUACGCACAUUUUAAGGGAGAUCCGAGUGUUCCGGUGUAAAUACGUGAAGCUUUUCACAGCGGGCAUCCACACGUUCCCCGUCGGGGAAUAUGAAAAAACCACCAUCACGAACUCACACAUAAAAACUCGAGUGCUUUCUUUUAGAGCGAGGUUUAAAAAGUCCAUCAAUAAGUGGGAAAUAAAAAUGAAACUAAAAAUGAUCCAAAAGGAGAUUCAAAAGAAGUGCUGUACUUUGGAUGUCUAGAGCCCUUAGUCUUAUUUAAUUUGAUCUUAUAAUAUAUUUUCUAUACAGGGGUAUGUGCGCGAGCAUAUUCUGUAUAAAUACAUAGAUGGCAUGUUGCAAAAGUUCUGACAGAAAUGUGUAAAUAAGGUGUUUUUAUUCAUUUUUAAUCGUUCAGUGACGCUGAAAUUGGGUAUGUGUUGUCUCUCAGAAUUACCAUGCGUUUGGCUUGGACCAUCGGACUUGCCGUAGUCAUAGGUUUCAGAAAUUCAGCUUCAUUAAUGGCGAAUGAACCGGAGGGAGGGGAGGGACGCUAAGUGGGGAGGGGGCCGGGGCUGUCCAUUUGCUUGUUAUU